AUGCUUAAAUUAAAGAGGGAGUAUUUUAGAAAUUCCAUUUAAAAAUCUGCGAGGGAAGAGAUCUUCAAAAAGAAAAGGAUUAUAACAAAUAGCAAUCACAAUUACGAAAGCAAUCCAUUCAAUGAGAAGUUAAAUUAAUUAUUUGAAUCUGGAUUAACAAUCUCUGAAAUCGCUCAAAAGCUGGAAGAAUUAUAUGAGGAGUACAAACUAUUUCCAGAGCGAAAUACCCUAGUUCUCUCAUAAAUUAAAAUUUUAAGCAUGAAGGUGGCUUCAAUGAAGGUUCAAGAGUACAUCAACGACUUCUACAACUCCAUCAAAAACAAUUUAAUGCCUGAAUUGAUUAAGUACUGCUCUCCAACCUACGCAGAUGAUGUCAACACAGUGGAGUUAACAAACAACAGUUUAUGGAUUUUGAUCAACCUAACACUGGCAGAUGAUUGCGUCAAUUAUUUAUUGGAUUACGGCAAUGGUCAUUUCCUUAACCAAAUCAACCUUCUCAUUAAAUCAAAAUAUGAAGUCAUCUUGCAUAGAGUUUUUGAAUUGAUUUACAAUAUGACCGUAGAAGAACAGGCCUGCGAUCGAAUUCUCCUCGAUUCAAAUUUCUAUGAUGCAUUCCUAUAUCGUUUGAAAAGACAGAAUUCAGAAAUGAUUAUGAAUUUAGCAGCCUCCAUAAUAAAGAACUUUUGUUCCAACUCUAGAAACGAGAAUUUUCAAAAAAUCCUAGACUUUAUAUUCAAUUGUAUCAGAUUUGAGAGUGUAAAUGGGCUCUGCGAGAUGAUUAAAGAUUACAAUUGUGCACAAUUCUUAACUAUUUACAGAGCUUUUUGCAUGAAAUUGUUUUCUAACCCCAAUCAUUCAAUUAACUUUAUCAACUAUCUCUCAGGUCACCAAUCAGAUGAAGUCCUUGAUCUACUACUUGGGUAUCCAAUUGUGGAUGAAUUGUUCCGAAUCAAGAACUCUAAUCAUUAGGUCAAGGUCUAUUCUACGUUCUCUAAUCUAGCCACGCAUCGAGGAUUUCAUAAUGAAUUGAGAGUGCUCUUUCAAGGCAUUUAUGAAUAGUAUGAGAAGGCAGAUCUUAAAAUGAAAUUGGAAUUAGGCUACUUUGUGUCCACUUACAUUGUCAAUUGUGAUCCUACAUUUUAUGGGGACCUAAUCAACAAUGGAGUCAUCAAUCUAUUAGUCGACUUCUUUAGAGAGAUCUAUGAUCCAAACGCAAUCUAUUUGGCUUUAAAAGCAGUACUUCACUUAUUUAUUGAUGAGAACUCAAAAUAAAUAUUUGAAAAAUUAGGGGGUUUCAAACAUUUGGAAAAACUCAGAUAAAAUGACCAUAUAAUUCAAUUAGCAUCCACAUUAUAAUGA